UAUGGUAGUUAUAGACAGGGGAAACAGUACCGCCUGUUGUGUUACAUAAAAAAUAAGAAACGCGUAUUAUACUUUAUGAAUUUAAUUCAAUAUUGCACCGACACACCAUACCAGAUGGUGGCGCUAAAGCAUCAUUGUUAUUUUGUUGCGGUCGACAUUAAACAAAGAAGAAGAAUUAAUUGGGCACAAACUGCUUCCGCGUGGUGGCGACAGAGAUGCUAAUCAAGAUAUGGUUCUUACAUGUGAUAGGUAUCCAUCAUGUGGACAGUGAAGGUGGUCAGCCUCGGGGUGUUGGCCCUCUCUCUCAGCCUGGAGCUGCUUUAUCGUCUCCUUUGUCGUCUCAAACCCUCAAAGACCCUAAAUGAAGUCCUCUUCUUCCCCUCAGAGGUGGCCUGUGUGGAGCAUAUUUUCAGUCCCACUUCAGCUCAAUCCUGUUUCUGCUUGUUACCUCAUGGUGUAGAAACAUCUUUCUGCCGUCUUCUCCGCCACAUCCUGUCUGCAUCCUCCUCUCUGGACUUGUGUGUCUUUGCGUUUUCCAACCUGGACCUUGGUAGAGCUGUAUUAGCGCUCCACAGCAGGGGCAUAACCGUCCGAAUCCUCACUGACAAGGACUACUCUGCUAUCUCUGGCUCCCAGAUAGGACUCCUCCGGAAGGCCGGGAUCUGUGUGCGGUGCGACGUGGGCUCGGUGUACAUGCACCACAAGUUUGCAGUGGUGGACAACCGGCUGCUCAUCACCGGCUCCCUCAACUGGACACUGACAGCAGUGCAGAGCAACAUGGAGAACAUCCUCAUCACUGAGGAGCCAGACCUAGUGCUACCCUUCAUUGAGGAGUUCCAAAGGUUGUGGAUGCACAAUGAUCCAGCCCGAUACCACCGCUCAGGUGACCAGACACCUGCUGAAUGAAACCCUGAAGUGGAAGGCAUGCAAGUAAAAUCUAUUCUGUCAGCUUGGCCACAAACUGCCUGAAUUGAUCCUUUCUUGAUAUGAAGAGGAUGACCAUAUUAACAUUUAGUUUUUUGAUAUCUUAAUCAUAUCAAAGCGACAGUAUUAGGAAAGUUAAAAGGGGUUUUAAGAUAUGUUUUGUGUGAAAACCACAGCAUUGUUGUGAUUUAUUAGACCAAGUCUACCAUUAAUGUAGUACUGUUCAACAUAAACAUGUUCUUUAAGUCAUGUCACAUAGAUUUUUUCUAUUUGUAAAGAGAAUUAUUCUCCUCCCAUGUGUUAAAUACAUGGAGUUAAUGUUUUGAAGUUUGAGCCUUGGGUUGAAAAAGUUGCUGUUUUGAAUGAUCUCCGAUUUGGUGACCAGAUUGUACCAUUGCAUAACAACCUCUUGAUAUAGUUGAAAAUUGAGUUUUCUGCUUUUUAUUAAAACCGUUCAGUUCCACUGAGCUAUUUCAAUCCA